AUGGGAUCAGUUGAAAGCACAAAUCAAAUUGGUAAUUCAGAAAAAAAUAACAUUAAUAUUAGUGGAGGAAUUCCUAGACCAUUAGCCACAAGAAGUAGCAGUUCAAUUUCAUUAAGCUCAUCACAAGGAUCAUUUAGCAGAAUGAGUUCAUUAGGAUCAUUACCAACAAAUUCGGGUUCCUCGUCACCAUAUUAUAAUAAUAGAGAUUUCUUAGAGGACGAAGAGAGAAUUAAGGCACCAGUUUAUAAUUUAAAAAAUCAUAUGGAUGAUAUUUUAUUAUUAAGAGAAGAAUUUAGAUUAUUGGAUGAAACAGCAUUACCAUGUGAAACAAGUGAAGGUGAUAAAAAACACAAUACAGUGAAAAAUAGAUAUACAAAUAUUCUUCCAGUUAACAGCACAAGAGUUGUACUUAAAAAAGUACCAGAAAAAGAAGGUUCAGAUUAUAUUAAUGCAAACUUUAUUGAUGGUAAUUAUGAAAAACAAUUUAUUUGCACUCAAGGACCAUUACCAAAUACUUUUGUUGAUUUUUGGAGAAUGAUUUGGGAAUAUAGAUGUAGUAUAAUUGUUAUGUUAUCAAAAGAAGCAGAAAAUUGUAGAAUUAAAUGUGACAGAUAUUGGCCAGAAAAAGGAAAUGAAAUUUAUAGUCAUCAAACAAUUGAACAUCAUGUUGGUAAAUUUAAUGUAGAGUUAGUUGAUAGUCUUUAUGAUAGUGAAAGAGAAAUUACCAUUAGAAAUUUAAAACUUACAAAUACUCUUGACGGUGAGGUACGUUAUGUAUCCCAAUUUCAAUAUGAAGGUUGGCCAGAUCAUAAUAUUCCAGAUCAAACACAACCAUUUAGAGAUCUACUCCAUCUCAUCAAUGAACGUCAAAACCGUAUUAAACCAGCUUCAGAUAAGAAUUGUCCAAUUGUAGUUCAUUGUAGUGCUGGUGUUGGAAGAACUGGUACUUUUUGUACAGCGGUAAUAAUGAUGAAAAAGUUGGAUCAUUAUUUUAAUACACUUGAAUCUUUACCAAUUGAUCAAGUUGUUCAUCCAUUCACCCAAAAUCAAGAUUAUCAAAAAGAUACAUUAGAUUUGAGAAAUCUUUCAUCAACUUUAAAAAAUUUAAUAUAUGCACAAACCAUUAACAGUAUGAAUCAACAAGCACAACAUCAACAAAAUAGCCUUUCAAAUUCAAAUAGUCAAGAUGAUUACGAUGACCCAAAUCAAGAUCCAAAAUAUGCAAUUAAAGAUAAAGAUGGCAAUUUAAUUGAUUUUAAUUUAUUCCAUGUAGUUUUAAAACUUAGAGAACAACGUCCUGGUAUGGUUCAACAAUUGGAACAAUAUAUUUUUUGCUAUAAAACUAUUUUAGAUGAAAUUAAUGAUAGAUUCAAUUUAAAGCUUGGUUAUAUAUCUCAGUCUCCAUUAAAAUCAGAACAGAGUUUUUUUGAAUCCAAUAAAGAAUCACAAAAACUUAGACAAUCAAGCACAACAACUAUAGUUAAUAAUAAUAUAAUAGAUAAUAUAGAUAAUAUAAAAUAA